GCGGAUAUGGUUACUAAAUGAAGAUAACCAAAUGAAGAUCAACUGGAAUGGGACGUUGACGAAUCCGAUUACUCCUUCCAGAGGUGUUCGCCAGGGGGAUCCCCUAUCACCUUAUCUGUUCGUUCUUUGCAUGGAAAGACUAGCCCAUCGCAUAGAACUAGCAGUGUCGGAGAAUGAAUGGAAACCGGUUGCCUUAACUCCCACUGGUCCUAAGCUAUCUCAUUUAUUUUUUGCUGGCGAUCUCAUUUUGUUUGCAGAAGUAGAGAGCAAGCAAUUAGAAACUAUUCGGAGAUGCUUAGAUGAAUUCUGCUGCAGCUCUGGCCAGAGGGUUAAUCUGACAAAAUCUGCUAUGUAUGUGUCUCCAAACAUACCCAAUGACAGAGCACAGCAGCUGAGCAGUCGGGCAGGACCCCCUUAACCAAUGAUCUUGGGAAAUACUUGGGAAUUGACACGAUCAAUGGGCGAAUUACCAAAGCUCGCUAUAAGGAGCUCUGCCUGCGAAUUCAGAAAAAGCUUGCUGCCUGGAAGACAAGACAUCUAUCUUUAGCAGCUCGCUUGACUUUGGUGAGAUCAAUUUAUACCUCUAUGGCUGUUUAUCCUAUGUUUACAGAGGCACUCCCUACUUCGGUUUGUAAUGAUCUUGACAGGUGCAAUCGUCAGCUCAUAUGGGGAGAAGAGGAUGGGACGUCUAAAUUCCACCUGAUUGCUUGGGAGCAAAUGACGUUGCCGAGGAAGCUCGGAGGAGCAGGGAUCCGACCUACAAGACUCGCCAAUCAAGCCUUGCUAGCGAAGGGAGGGUGGAAAUUAGUCUCCAAUGAUCAGUCGAUCUGGGCUCGAGUGCUUCGGGACAAAUAUGCGCGCUCAAGAGAGGGACGUGCAGUUCUGCAGAAACAAAAGGGAAGCUCCAUGGCCUGGCGAAGCUUUACUUCUGCCAUUAACGUCCUUAAAAAGGGCUAUGUUAUUAAGGUUACAAAUGGGCGGAAAACUAACUUCUGGCAUGACCCAUGGGUGUCGCAGGUACCUUUAAUUGAUUUGGCUACCGAGGAGAUUUCGGAGAGUAGACAAGCAAGGAUGGUAGCUGAUCUUUGGGACCCAGACAGUGGAUGGAAGCUUAGUGAAUUCCAAGACAGCCUGCCUCAGCACAUCAUCAACAACAUCCGAUCGGUCUGGGUGGAUCCUUUGGCAGCCGAAGAUGAUCAUGGCAUAUGAAACUUGUCCUCCAAUGGCCAGUUCACAGCGAGCUCGGCUUUCAAAGCUAUCUCACCUCAGCAUCAGAACUCCCUCCCACCCUCCUUUUGGCAAAGGAUCUGGAAACUCCACGUUCCUGAAAGGGUAAGGGUGUUCGUGUGGAUGGCUAGCAAAGGCAGAUUGACGACCAACAACAUUCUAAAGUACAGACAUCUCACGCAAGACGACAAGUGUCUGGAAUGCCGGGAAGUUCCAGAAUCAAACCUCCACUGCCUG